GUAGUUAUUUUUGAAUUCUUACUGUACUGGUGCUUUGGAAUAACAAGCGUACCCGUUCACAUAGUCAUUGUCGUGGUCAUUAGUGUGUGUAACGCUGUUAAUUAUGCAUCUCUGUUUAGAUGAAGAGGAAAACGAAGGCAGAACUCCACUACUUUCUGAUCAAUCAAGGACAAUACAACUUAUUUCAGUGCAUCAAAGUCGCAGACCACGACAUUCUCCACCUUCAGAUGAUUUUCGAAAAAUUGGUGUCAAUAUAGACCCCGGGGAGAGAAACGUGUUCAGUUUUCAACGAUUAUGGACGUUCACAGGUCCUGGAUUCUUAAUGAGUAUUGCCUAUCUGGAUCCUGGAAAUAUAGAAUCAGAUUUGCAAAGUGGUGCAAUCGCUAAUUAUAGACUUCUAUGGCUUUUACUCCUAGCUACAUUGAUGGGAUUAUUUCUACAACGUCUGGCUGCUCGUUUGGGUGUAGUGUCAGGUAGACAUUUGGCAGAAGUAUGCUAUGAUGAAUAUCCUACAUCGGCUCGUAUUAUACUAUGGCUUAUGGUUGAAGUUGCAAUUAUUGGGUCAGAUAUGCAAGAAGUGAUUGGUACUGCUAUAGCUAUAAAUUUAUUAAGUUUUGGUUAUAUACCUUUAUGGGCUGGUGUACUUAUCACUAUUUUGGAUACUUUCACUUUUUUAUUUCUUGAUAAAUAUGGUUUACGUAAAUUAGAGUUCUUUUUUGGACUUUUAAUAACUAUUAUGGCUGUGACAUUUGGUUAUGAGUAUAUUGUUGUAAAACCCGAUCAAUUAUCUCUUUUACGCGGAUUAUUUGUGCCUUCUUGCCCUGGUUGUGGUUGGCCUGAGCUGGAACAAGCUGUUGGUAUCCUCGGUGCUGUUGUUAUGCCUCAUAAUUUUUAUUUACAUUCUGCUCUUGUUAAAUCACGUGAUAUAGAUCGAAAUAAUCCAUCUUUGGUUCGUGAAGCGAACAUGUAUUACUUCAUUGAAUCAACCAUUGCAUUAUUCGUUUCUCUUAUGAUAAAUAUAUUUGUUGUAUCAGUAUUUGGUGCCGGGUUUUAUGGUAAAAAUGUUAAACAAGUGAUUGAGAAUUGCACUCUUGAAGGUAAAAUUCCUAUUCGUUUUACAAAUGCUGCUUCCAGUUUUGAUCCAAAUAGUGUUGAUUUGUACACAGGAGGAAUAUUUCUAGGUUGUGAGUUUGGUCUCGCGUGUCUUUUUAUUUGGGCUAUCGGUUUAUUGGCUGCUGGGCAGUCGUCUACAAUGACUGGAACAUAUUCUGGACAGUUUGCUAUGGAAGGUUUUUUAAACUUGAAAUGGAAACGCUGGCAACGAGUGUUAAUAACGCGUUCUAUAGCUAUUUUGCCCACCAUUUUAACGACUGUUUUUAGAGGCAUUGAAGAUUUAACUGGAAUGAAUGAUUUCUUAAAUGUACUAAUGAGUGUUCAACUGCCAUUUGCUGUUAUUCCAUUGUUAACAUUUACUAGUAGUAGAUCAGUUAUGGCAGAAUUUAAGAAUUCUCUUCCAGUUUCAAUUGUUGCUAAUUUAAUAUCCAUAUCAGUUGUGUCAAUUAAUCUAUUCUUGGGUAGUGUUGUAAUUAAAGCACGUCUACCGCAUCAUUGGGCAAUAUAUUUAGGUAUGGGAUUAUUAUUCGCAUGUUAUUUAGGGUUUGUAUUUUACUUGGUAAGUUUUACCGUGUAUUAUUCUGUUUUAAAAAUUCAAUUCAACAUAAUAAUUGUAUUCUUAUGCACUUGGUUUCUGCUUUUCGAAGUUUUCGCGGAUAAUGCUAUUAGGAAACACAGAAUAAACCCUUGAUGAACAAACUAUGUAGCUUGUUUACUUCAGACAUCAUCUCUGACAAAGUUGAGCCCUUUUUGUAACAAUUACCAAAAACUCUAGAAUUCGUCACUUUAGGAAACCUUAUUUUCAAGCAAAGUGAAUUUCAUAUUUACAUUAUAAUUUCUUUAUAAUAUUUCUUUUUUCAAAUUAUUAGAGACUUCCAAUUUAUAUUUAACUAAAAUAAUUCAAUCACAAGUAUUCCAUGAGAGUAACACUAGUAUCCCUAUUCGAUUGAAUCGAUGAUAAUUUAUAGAAUUGGUGCUAUCUGUUGUUGUGUAUUUUUUCGAAAUUUUCGUUAACACACUGAGUUAAAGGAAUUAUUUUUAUAGGGUUUCAUAUUUAAUGUCUGUUACUGAAAAUUAUAUCUCAAUAAUAUCAGAGGGGUUGUCGUGUUUUUAAGAAUGCUUCAGCUUUUUAAAGGGGUUUAUGUACUGGGUUUCCAUUUAGGUGUUGUUUUGUUCUCUGAACUGGAUGGUAGAAGUCACUGAUGAUUUCGUCUUAAACGAUGGUAUAUACUCCACAACUAAACCAUCUAAUCCAGACAAGAACAUUAUCAUUGGAUAAUGUAAACUACAGAAUAACUGAUAAUGACAGGAAAAGAGGUUUCGAAUUUUCUCUAGUACUAGAUGCUUUGACCAGCACACUGAGAAUUUGACUAUUUGCUUAAACCUUGACUUGAAAUAUAAAGGUUGGCUUUGUUUUAAAAUAUUCCUAUUGUAGAAAUUAUUAAUUGAUUAACUAUUACAUUGUGUAUUAUCUAAUAAAUUCUAAGUGAUAUAUCUAUUUCCAGUUUUAAUACAUAUUUACUUUUGUUUUACAUUCUACAAUAUUUAUUCUCAAAUGUAAAUUACUGUAUUUAUUUUUGUUAAAAUACUUAGAUUUGGUUCGGGUUUCUUCAUGUAUGGCGUUCAAGAAGGACUCCUAUAGCAGUUGUUACAUUGAAUAUGGAUAGAUCCCUUUCAGUGAUUGACGUUGGUGCUACGGCUGUUCCUAUUAAUGGUGAUGGCGGUAAUCGAUCAACCAAUGAGAAAACUCUCCAUAAUACAGUGGUUCUUUCUUAGAAAUUGUACGAUACAAAAGGAUUUGAGCUAAGUAAUUUAACCAAAUAACAAUACUUAGCAGAAAGAGAACCUAUCGCCAGUUAAACCUUGUCUUUCUAAUUCAUCUAUACUAUUAUUAUUAUUACUACUUCUACAGUAUUUUUAUUUUACAUAAUGAUAUUUUUCCAGAUUGUUGUUAUGCUACUAUGAGAGUAUAUUUGUUCUUAAAUUACAUUUUAUUUAUUAAUUUAUGGAACAGUAAGUAAUUGGGAAGUAAUAUGAUUGUCGUUUUGUUCCUAGUCUUUUUGCUAUGAGUUACAUUUAUUUUGAAUUGUUUGAUAUGAUGUAAGUUUUUGUAAUAUAUAGAUUGAGAUAUGUUGUGCUUAAUUUUUUGUUCCCUGCUAAUUUUGAUAUGAUUGUAAUGCUUGUAGAGGUCUUGAAUAACUGUGGAAAGUUGAAGGAAUGAUAUUAUUACCCGGGUUUUCUGUUUAUCGGGACUCAUCAACAUGUUUUAUGUACAUCCAUUUCCAGGUAACUGAUCCAUGCCACCCUGG